GACGAACUUAAAGAAAUGAAUUGCAUUCACAGAUCUCAGGUUAAUGGUUAGGUGUUAAUUAACAAUUUCCCUCAUGUAAUAAUCGAUUGAGGUGUUGAUUGGUUGAAACCACUGCAUUUACAUUCGACUAACAUUGUCAAACCAGUUCUAAUCACAUCAAAUCUUCUGUUUUCUAUCCAUUGAUAUUAGACUGUAUAAUAGGCAAGUGUACAGAUUAUGAGACAUUCAUCUAGCCAUCAGCAUGUGCCAUCUGAAACAAUUUAUCAACUUCAGGAAAUUGCUGGCAUUAACAAAAGUUCAACCAAAAUGUGUAUUAUAUUCUACAAAAUGUCGGGAAAAGGAGGUUAUCAUUUCGAAGUCCAGAAAUAUUUUUGAAAAUUUAGCUUUAGAAGACUGGUUAUAUAAACAUGCAGACUUGAACAACAGGAACUAUUUAUUUAUGUGGAGAAACACACCUGCAGUAGUGGUGGGACGACAUCAAAAUCCAUGGCUUGAAUGUGACGUUACUAGUGUAUUAAAACAAAAAGUAGAUCUAGCUCGAAGAAAUAGUGGUGGUGGAACAGUUUUUCACGAUGAAGGAAAUUUAAAUUGUUGUUUUUUAACAUCCAGAAAGUUAUAUAAUCGUAAAUCUAAUUUAGAACUGGUGGUGGAUGCUUUGACGUCAUAUUGGGAUAUAGAUUUGUCUAUUAAUAAAAGGGAGGAUAUAGUGCUAAAUGGCCUAUAUAAGAUUUCAGGUACUGCAGCUAAGUUGGGAGGCGAGAGAUCAUAUCAUCAUUUUACUCUAUUGAUAAAUGUAAACAAGAACAAAUUACACAAUCUACUACAGUCUCCAUUGGUUGGAGUAAAAACAAGAGCAACUGAGAGUGUUCCGUCCCAUAUAAUGAAUCUACAAGAUGUUAAUGAAGAUAUAAAUUAUGAAAAUUUAACAGAUGUUAUUAGCAACAAGUUUUUACAAAAUGAUUUGGUGAAAAGAAAAGAAUUUGUUAACCCAACAGAAGAUAGCUAUCCAGGGUACAACAAGAUUUUAAACGAUUUAAAAACUUUUAAAUGGAUUUAUGCCAAAACUCCAAAUUUUGAAAUUAGUCGGGCCUUCCAGAUAGAAAUUGACUCAAAGGUUAUUCAUACUGAAAUAGUGAUUGAAAUACAAAAAGGUUUAAUAUAUAAUAUAGAGUUUUCUCUGAAACUAAAUGAAAUGGACCUCACACACAUAGUAAAUAGAUUUAAAGAUGUGCCUUAUGAUACUACAGAAUUACUUCCUGUUCUUGAUGUUUUAGAAAAUGAAAAUAAUGAUGCAAUAUAUAAGUUUUUUUUACGAUGUAUAAGACAAACUUUAAAUAUUUAA